UUACUAUCGUUAACAGCGUCCUCAACCGUGGAACCCCCGAAUCCAGAGGAAUCAUGCUAUGGCUACUGUGGUGGACAAAGUCCAGGAGCUGUUAUUGUGACUAUCAAUGUACCGCACAUUUUGAUUGCUGUGAUGAUUAUUACACUGCUUGCAUAUUGUCCUCAACAACUGUGAAACCCCCGACUCCAGACGGAUCAUGCGAUGGAUCAUGUGGUAGCAAAGGUUCGGGAGACUGUUGGUGUGACCUUCAAUGUGCCGCAAAUUAUGAUUGCUGUGGUGACUAUUUAACAUAUUGCAGUG